AUAGACAGAAAAUAACAUGGCUGAAACGGUCCGUUCUUUUAAUGUUACUGCCGCGUUUCAUUCGCAGCUUAAUACUUUAUGUAUCCGAGAAUUCCCUUGUGGAUAUGGUAGUUGGCGAGCUCAAAACUUGAGCAGUAAUGUAAGCCUGAAGAGCACAGGUACCUUGAAGCUUGGAUCAUCAUCUGCAGUUAUACCAGCAAUAAUUCCAGAACAUAGUGCCCAGCUAGAGACAGUUGAGAGUCUCCAAGAGCUGGCUGUGAAGUUGCCUUAUGAUGUGGACUGUACCUGGAGUAGUGAAGCUGAGAGCUUGCGUGAAAUUGCUGUCAAGACACCUGAUAAACUUACAGAAGCCUUUAUUCUAAAAUUCUUCAAGUCACUUCGAAUUGUAGAUAAAAAGGUAACAGAAAUCGAUGAUGGACUUCUUCAACUUAAAAAUCUUAAGCAGCUGACUUUGAGUGCAAAUCUAAUCAAAAACAUAGACUCCAAGAAACUUCCCAAAGGGUUACAGGAGCUGGAACUUGCAGCCAAUCAAAUUUCAGAUAUAAGUGCUCUGUGUGUGUGCCCUCCACCUCUGAUUCACUUAGGCCUCAGCUACAAUCUGAUUUCUUCUAUCACAGGACACAUGAAGUCAACUUCAUGGCCUCAUCUUUUGUCUCUGGAUUUAAGCUUCAACAACCUUGCAGAUCUAUACCACACCAUCAAUGUGCUCAAGACAUUACCUAAACUGAAAAAUCUUGUCCUUCAGGGAAAUCCACUGGCGCUUGUACCAGGCUACCGUGGUUACACAAUUGACUCAAUUCGUCAACUAACAAUUCUUGAUGAUAUCAGAAUUUCUGCAGAUGAGAAACAUUUCUUCAAAGGGCUUUCUAAACUGAAAGAUGUUCCAGUGGAUGAAGCUCAAAUGAUGAUAUCCAUCAAGACAAUUAAAGGUGUUAGAAUGCCUGAGGAAAUUGAGGAUCCAGAAAUUAACACUGAUUACCCAAAGACCGAACACAAGUAUCAUGUGGAAUUUAAAUUCCUCAAAAGUGCAGCCACAGUUAUUCUGUGUGAGUCUCCUACACUGUCAAUACCCACCAUCUCUAUCAUAGCUGAUGACUGUAACAGUGAUGGCCAAGAGGAAGGAACUGUUGACAAUGGUGAUGAUCAAGAUACUGGUCUGUUUCAAGCAGUUGUAACAGGAAGCAUGCCGUGGAAUGAAGACGGGAUAGAACUUGACUACAACAAGAACUUUCACACACGUCUACUGGUCCCACUGCGGGACUUUAUUCAAGAUGGCAUUCAUUUUACUGUGAUAAAAACCAAACAUAUGUAUGUUUUGGAGGAUCCUAAUGCACUACAGAAUAUGGAAACCAAGCCGCCAGCCUCAGCAAAAAGCCGACCAGGAAGCAAGAUACAAAAAGCUCCAAGCAAGGACAAGCGUAAAGAUUCAGGAAAGGGAAAGGACAAGGUCAAGGAUGGAAAAGGCAAGAGAAAUAAACAGGAAGACAUAGAGUUGUUUGAGCUUCCACGAACACAUUCAAUUCUUGGUUCCUGUCAAGUUCCCUUGGCUUCAUUGUUAGAAGGAGAACUUGAAGUUGAAACAGAGUGUGUCUGUGAAGGAGGAGAAGAGACUGGGGAUAGUGACAAGAAAGAUGGAGGGUCUGGUGCCAAGUCAGAUAUCAGUGAAAGAAAGAAGACAAAUAAAGAUCCUGCUGAUAAAGCAUCCAAAGGCAACCUGCGAGCAGCUACUCCAGGAAAGGGCAAAGCUAGCCGGGGGAAGUCAAGCAAGGAUGACAAGAAAGGAAAAGAAAAAGACAAACAUGAAGAAAGCUUGGAAGAUGAGGAAGAUGCCACACCUCUGCCACCACUGACAAUACAAGUACACAUUAAGCUGCAUUACUGGAAAUCAGCCAGAGAGGCUGCACAAGAGUUCUUACUACAAGGUGUACCCAGCUCACAUAGUGAGCACAACUAGUUUUUGUCUG